GAUAGAAUCAAUGCUUUCUGUUGUCUGAACAGGUAGUUGUAUUAGCUUCCAUUGCGUUAAGCUCAAGUAUUAGGUAGCCGCUAAGCGUGUAAGUCGAGAGGCGUUGUAGCACCGGAGCCCCUCAUUGAGUCCAGGAACGCCGAGUAUAUCAAGAUGGACACCAGCAAACUGAAGCCCAAUGACCCUCGAGUCAAGUGGGAGUCCAAGCAGGUCCGCGGCAAGACAUACUCCUACAUCCUCGGUGAGCCCGAAGGCGCCAAGGUCGAUACCAUUUUCCUUGUUCACGGCUGGCCCGAUCUCGCCUUCGGAUGGCGCCAUCAGAUCCCCUACUUGAUGUCCCUGGGCUACCAGGUCGUUGCGCCCAACAUGAUUGGCUACGCCGGCACCGACGCUCCCCAGGACCCCAAAGCGUACAGCUUCAAGAGCGUCUCUGACGAUGUCGCCGAGCUGGCUCGCCAAUUCGUCGGCCAGGAUGGCCAGAUCGUUCUGGGUGGCCACGACUGGGGCGGUGCGCUGGUCUGGCGAACGGCCUACUACUAUCCCAAGCUGAUCAAGGCCGUCUUCUCAAUCUGCACUCCUCUGCUGCCCCUGAGCAAAGAGUACAUUCCCCUCGAGGCCAUCAUCGCCGCGGGACAUCUGCAAAACUUCAAGUACCAGCUACAGCUGGGGGGCCCUGACGUAGAGGCCCACGUCACCGGCAAGGACAAGCUACGACAGUUCUUCAAGGCCGUGUUCCUCGGCCAGACCCCCAACGGAGAAUACGGCAUGACCAUGGAGCACGGCGUCAUCUUCGAGUUGCUGGACAAGGUCCAGCAACCCCGUCUGCUGGACGCCGACGAGCUGGAGUUCUACGUCGAGCAGUACUCGCUGCAAAAGGCCCCCGAGCUGCGUGGCCCGCUCAACUGGUACCGAACACGCGAGAUCAACGCCAACGAGGAGAUUGCGCUGGGCGAGGAGGCGCGCCCCAACACGUUCGAGCAGCCCGCGCUCUUCAUUGGGGCGACUCACGAUGAUGCUCUGCCGCCGGCCAUGUCUCAGGGCAUGGACGCAGCUUUUGCUGAUCUGACCCGGGCGGAGGUCGAUGCUACCCACUGGGCGUUGACGCAGGCUGGACCUGAUAUCAAUGAGCACAUUGGGAAAUGGCUGACCAAGGUGAACAGCGCUCCCAAGCUGUAAAGGUGGGAAUGUUCGACUGCAUUGAGCGAGAAAGAAAAAAAAAACUUGUAGAGAAAAUCUAUGGAUUAUGAUUUGGCUGAGCUGUCAUUACGUCUUUUUCCUACCGGUUAUGUAGGACACGGCUAUUGAAUGUUGGGUAUAUCAGUAGGUAGCUGUAUUGAUUUAUCUACAGGAGUAUCAGUAGAUACUCUCUUGAAGCGAAGUUUCUAUUGAGUCCAGCCUUGCCGCACAUCUUCUUUCGAGCUACCACGUAGCCAUCUCAA